GAAAACAUAGCCUGAAAAGAAGGUAAGUUUGUCUGAAGAGGAGGGGGCACUCAAGUAAGUGGCCUUUGUCAGGUUUCGCGUGCAUUUCUACAGAACAGCUUUACCCUUUUUUCUCUCUCUCUCGAUCUCUCUGGCCUCUUCUUCUUUCUCUCUUUCAGCUCUGUUUGGCUUUUUUCUCCUCUAAUUUCAAAGAAAAAUAGCAUCCAUUUUAUAUCCGAGAGGUCACUGUUUGAUCUCUUAAGAAAAACCUUUUAUCAUAAACUCUGAUCCUGGGUCGUCCUCAACACAAAUAAAGGCUUCUGCUUUGUUCUUGGUUUGUAGCGCUAUUUUGUGUCCAUGGGUUUAAAGUUGAAGAACACAGCUCAUUCAUACUUUUGAUGUUGCCUAGUUGGUGGGGCUCUUCAUAGAUAGAGAAGAGAUAGCCACACGAGUAUAUAUCAGUACAUUUUCAGGCGUGGUAGUAGCUCUUACCAAGAGACCUUGCAGAAAAAAAAAACAAGAAAGGUUUACUACUAAAAGACAUUGCCCAUCAACCCACAAACACACAACGGUUCACAUGUUUCUGUGUUCGUGAAUGUGUGCAGCACUUAGAAAAGAGAGAAGUAUUUGAUUAUUAAACAAAAAAAAAAAUAGUUUCUUUGUGUGUGAGUGUCAGUAAAUUCUAGCUUUGAGUGGGUGUUUUGUGCAUCUCUAGAGUUUUCUCUUUUAAAUAUUUUUUUCAGUGUUCCCUUUGAGAUGUGCGUGAGAGACCCUUUCUCUUCUAGAGUCUUUGUUGCUCUCUGUUUCUGACUCAAGAGAAGCAUUUUGAGAAAGUGAAACACACAUUUUGACUCUCUUUGAGAUCUCAACACCAUGAAGUUCAUGAAACUUGGAUCCAAACCUGACUCCUUUCAGUCUGAAGGAGACAAUAUUAGGUAUGUAUCAAGUGAUUUAGCAACAGAUGUUAUUGUAAUCAUUGGAGAUGUCAAGUUCUAUCUCCACAAGUUUCCAUUGCUGUCCAAAAGCGCACGUUUGCAGAAACUAAUCGCAGCAACAUCAUCCAACGAAGACAAUGAGAUUCAUCAAGAAGAUGAGAUUGAAAUAGCAGACAUCCCUGGUGGUCCUGCUUCAUUUGAGAUCUGUGCCAAGUUCUGUUACGGCAUGACCGUCACACUAAACGCUUACAACGUAGUCGCUGCUCGCUGCGCAGCUGAGUUUCUUGAAAUGCACGAAACCGUAGAGAAAGGUAAUCUUGUUUACAAGAUUGACGUUUUCUUGAACUCGAGCAUACUCCAUACAUGGAAAGAUUCCAUCAUCGUGCUUCAGACCACGAGAGCUUUGUCACCAUACGCUGAAGAGUUGAAGCUGACAGGGCGUUGUCUAGACUCCAUCGCUUCUAAAGCUUCCAUAGAUACUUCUAGAGUUGAAUGGUCUUAUACUUACAGCAAGAAGAAGAAUCUCGACAACGGGUUGAGGAGACCACAGGCUGUUCCUAGAGACUGGUGGGUGGAGGAUCUUUGUGAUCUUCAUAUAGAUUUGUUUAAAAGAGUGAUCACUACGAUAGAAGCAAGAGGGAAGGUUUCAGCUGAUGUUAUAGGUGAAGCACUGCACGCUUAUGCUAUCAAAAGGGUUCCAGGGUUCAGCAAAAGUAGUAGCUCUGUGCAGAUCACUGACGUUGCUAAGUACAAAGCUUUGGUUGGUUCCAUCAUUGAGAUGAUUCCUGAUGAGAAACAAAGCGUUUCUUGUAGUUUCUUGACUAAGUUAUUAGGAGCUUCCAUCUUUCUUGGCUGUGAUGAAGAGACAGGUUUGAUGAACAGAGUCGGUGAGCGACUAAAUGAGGCGAGUUUAGGUGAUGUUGUGGUUUAUGAUGUUGACUUGAUGCAAAGCUUAGUUGAGGUUUUCUUGAAAUAUCACUUGCAAGAAGAUGAUAUAAAGGCGAAAGCAUCGGUCGCAAAGCUUGUUGAUGGCUACUUAGCUGAGAAAUCGAGGGAUACAGAUAGUUUACCACUUCAGAAGUUCCUAGCACUUGCGGAAAUGGUCUCAAGCUUUCCAAGACAGUCUCAUGAUGGAGUUUAUCGCGCUAUCGACAUGUUUCUUAAGUUACAUCCUGAGAUCAACAAGAGUGAGAAGAAGAGGCUAUGCAGGCUAAUGGACUGUAGAAAACUAUCAGCAGAAGCAUGCGCACACGCUGUUCAAAACGAGAGGUUACCUAUGCGAGUGGUGGUGCAAGUGCUCUUCUUUGAACAAGUAAAAGCUAACAGCAACGGUUCAGCAUCAACCGGAGACAGCACUCCAGAGAUCACUCCAGCUUCAAGAUCAACAAACACUGAAGACGACAGAGAGAGUUGGGACACUGAAGAUAUAAAAGCAUUGAGAGGAGAGUUAGCAAAUCUAAGACUGGCCAAGAAUCAACAGCAGGAGAAUAGUAAAGGGAAGCUUGUGAAAGGAGGAGGAUUGGGAGUUUCUAGAGUGUUCUCUAAGCUUUGGUCUGGUAAAGAGAGAGGGGGAGAUUUGAUGAGUAGCUCAGGGACUUCGAGUCCUGGUUCUGUUAAUGAUGACUCUAAGUCUUCUUCUUCCACAAGUAAGAAGCAUUAGAGGAAGCAGAAACAAGAAGAAGACAAGAUUAUUAGGUUGCUAAAAUGUUCAAGAAUGACUAACUUUUUUUCUCUUUAUCAGAUCCAAUUUCUCAUUUUGUUGUUUUUGAUUCUCUUUGUGGGUUUCUUCUUCCAUAGUAGGUAUGAUGUUUAGGUCGGUUUUAAAAUGGAAUUGUUAAAAAUGGUUCUUGAAAUAAUAAUAAGAUGGUAG